AUCGACGAACGUUGCGCGCAGGUCGCGCCGCGCGCGAGUGCUGUCAGUCGUCUGUUUUGUGCUUAUCCGUUGUUACAGUUAUGUCAGCGACGAUGACAGCCAAGCUGCAGGAUGAUAUGAACAGCAUACCACUGGCGGACGAUGAUCCUCAGGUGAUAAUACCGGAGGAAGAAAUCAUGGACAAUGCGUCUCACAUAUCCGAUGCACUAGGACGUAGCAUGGAUUCUAUUCCAUCAACGUUCACCAAUGGAAGUUGUAGUCCUAACAGUUUAGAUCCAGAUAUUAGCCCAGACGAACAGGAGGAGAAAGCUAGACUGAUCGCGCAGGUCCUCGAACUGCAAAAUACUCUAGACGAUUUGUCACAAAGAGUGGACAGCGUGAAGGAGGAGAAUCUCAAGCUGAGAAGCGAGAAUCAGGUUCUGAGCCAGUACAUCGAAAAUUUAAUGUCAGCAUCGAGCGUGUUUCAGUCAACGAGUCCCAACACUAAAAAAAAGUGAAUUACCGUCUCAGUUAAAUAAAAUAGAAAAAUUAUGAAUCAGCUACAGUGAUCUUGACAUGAUUGUUUCGACUGUUUUGGAAAGUACGAGCAUUUAUUACAAUUUUUGCUUAGCAGAAGAUAUCGCGCGACAUUUCUUCAACUUUAUCUGGUGUAUUAUGUAUUGUGAAACGUCUUCAUUGAUUUAUACUUUUCGUAAAAGAAAGUGUCUCUGACCUAUUUUUCUCAGUCAGAUAUAAUCAAACAUCCUUUUAAUAUGAUUACAAUUAUAUGUACCAUAUUCACAUUUUGACUGUGCAAUACAUUUAUAAUUACGACUGUGUGC